CAAACAACAAGACGGCGAUAAAAACAUUCCUGUGUGACUAAUUGCGGUGCGCUGAUUCGAUUCCGUCAAAAAGAAGUUAUCCUCGCUAAUCACGGCCACCCUAACCCGCCAGCAUGCCAUCCGUGGAGCCGGUUGACGAGGCCAAAACCGAGGCGGAAAGCGGACCGGUAGAAAACGGUGCUCCGAACGGUGACCAAGACACGCCGGACCAGGAUCGCCAUCUCGUCCCUGCCGAUCGCAUCGAACACAAUGACGCAUCAACGAUCGAUUUGCCGACCGUGCGAGAAUUUACCCAGAACGACACCAUCAACAAGUUUUUGCUGAACUCGUUUCUGCAGCGCAUGAAUGACACCAUCGGCGAGGAUCAACAACGGGCAGCGAAUGGCGAGGGCAGUGAGGAACAGGAGCAGGACUUCGAUUCCUAGAAUCUCGAUGAACCUGUACCGUUUGGAUGGAUUUUUAUAUUACCCGUAUCUUCGUAUUAAUAGAGUAGAAGUGGAAGUGUUUAUACAAAAAUAAACUUUGCCUUUGAACAAAGCAUUUCGCGUGUAUGAAGUGU